AUGUUUUCAAACACAUAUGAGCAAAGUGUAUAGAAUUUGAAAUUUAAUUAAGAUCAUCUUUUCAGACAAAGUUCAAAUGUCAAGCUUCCUUGAAAAAAUGGUUGAUGAAAUAGAGGAUUAUAGAUGUGAUUGUAAAAUAUCAGAAUCUUGCAUUGUAUGUGAAACUAAAAGUAUAAUCUAAAUUUAUGUUUUAGAAUGGAUGUAGAUGCUUUAAUAAUUUAAUGGAAUAUUAAAUUAGCAAUGUACUUUUUUUAAAUAUUUCUUAUAUUAGAAAUGCCUAUUUUUCCAGAAGAUAAUUAUAACAUACCCUUAUACUUAUCAAAAGUUUAUGAAAUAAUACAUGCUGUUUUCAUAUUUAAAUCAGCCACAAUGAAAAGCCUUAAUAAUCAUGAAGAUGAAUUUUUCAAAAUCAGAAGUGACAAUGAAUCAUUAAAGAUUAAAGCUAAACGAUUUUAAGAAGAUAUAGAAUAAAAGUAGAAUUCUAUUUCAUAUAUUUGAAUAGAAUAAAACAAAUUGGGUAACUUGAAAACCAAAUUACUUUAUUGAAUAAAUCCAAUAAAGUUGUAAACGAUAAACUUCUAUCAGAAAAGGUAUUAAUUAACUUAAUAGACAGGAAGAAUUAAAUUAAAAAGUUAUUAAAAUUCAAAACAAAGUUUAAUUGAUGCAAAGUGAAUUUAAAAAGAAAGAAUUAGAAUUUUUAAAAAUGAAAGAUUAGGUUUAUAUAAUUAAAUAAAAUAUAGUUAAGAAGUAAAGAUAGAAUAAAUUAUGCUAAUAAAUAUGAUACAAUCCCAUUAAAAACCUAGAUAUCAUAAUAAAAUGGUUUUGACACAUGGAUUUCAACAAGAAAAGGUUUAAUUGAUGAAGUAUGUUCUUUACAAGAUACACUAAGUACAUUAAUCUCUAUUUUGAAUCAUUUUUUUUAAUCAUUAAACAAUGGUUCUGACUUUUUUAAUCCUGAUACUAUUCGAUUCCCCCAACAAAGUGGUAAAAGUAUACUUUGGAUUAAAUAACAACUUUAAAAAUUAAAUGGUCAAUUUAAUAUAGAUGAUUCUUUUCUGAAAGACUUACCAUAAUUAAAUUCUAAUUUAAUUUCAUCCGAAUAAUAAUAAUAAUAAUACUUGCAAUCAAUAGUAAACAAAUAAUAAUAAUUAAAUUUAUCUCAUCAAAAAACAAAUAGUAUAAAUAAUAGUGGUAAGAAGGAUAAUUUAAAAAUCAUAAAUCGAAGCUAAACAUUACAUUUCUAAUAACAAUAACCUUUACCUGAUGAAACAAUUAGUAUUUUGUCUAGAAUUUCUAUUAAUGAUGUUUCUUUAGUGGAAUCUACAAACAGUGCCAAAUUUGCAGAGAAGCCUCUAUAAGAUAAAUAAUAAUUGAAGAAAUGGGAAUUUGUAUUCAAACAAUAAUGAUUUCAAAAAUAAAUAUAUAUUAUCC